GUCCCCUUCGGGGUGACAUACGAAAAAAUUGGAACGAUACAGAGAAGAUUAGCAUGGCCCCUGCACAAGGAUGACACGCUUUUCAGAGUGGAAUGCACUUCGGUGCACAAUAUUUAUUAUCAUUUUCACCUUUCAUUUUUAAUUUACUUUGCUUUCUUUAAUUUCGGAUUGUUUUCUUUGGCUAUACGUUUGUAA